GCUACUGGAGGACAAGGCUGUUUCUGAGGUUCGGGUCAGGAAGGGGCCAUCACGAUCAGCCAGAAUCAGGCUGACUCCCUGACUUCCACCAGGCCCUCAUGUCCACUGGGCCUGGCCUGGAGAAUGGAGGGCACAGGGGUGCCCCCAUACAGUAGGUCUGUAUGCUCACCUCGUGACUUCAGACCAGGAGCCCUGGGGGUGGUGAAGUCCUUGCCCUUGGACCGGGUGCCCCCAUGUCCUCAGGACACACUUCCACCCUGGGUGGUAGGCCCAUCAUGGAACCGGGCAGCGUGGAGAACCUGUCCAUUGUGUACCGGAGCAGCGACUUUCUGGUGGUGAACAAGCACUGGGAUGUGCGCAUUGACAGCAAGACAUGGCGAGAGACCCUGACCCUCCAGAAGCAGCUGCGGCACCGCUUCCCUGAGCUGGCUGACCCUGACACCUGCUAUGGGUUCAGGUUCUGCCACCAGCUAGACUUCUCCACCAGUGGGGCAUUGUGUGUGGCCCUGAACAAGGCGGCUGCAGGCAGUGCUUACAGAUGCUUCAAGGAGCGACGAGUGACCAAGGCUUACCUGGCACUAGUGCGGGGGCAUGUCCAGGACAGCCAGGUGACCAUCAGCUAUGCCAUUGGCAGGAACAGCACGGAGGGCCGGGCACACACCAUGUGCAUCGAGGGCACACAGGGUUGUGAGAACCCAAAGCCAAGCCUCACAGAGCUAGUGGUCCUAGAACAUGGACUGUAUGCAGGUGACCCCGUCUCCAAAGUGCUACUAAAGCCUCUCACAGGCCGGACACACCAGCUACGGGUUCACUGCAGUGCUCUUGGCCACCCCGUGGUGGGUGACCUGACCUACGGGCAGGCUGCAGGCCGGGAGGACCAACCUUUCCGUAUGAUGCUGCACGCCCUCUACCUGCGCAUCCCCACACAAGCCGAGUGCAUAGAGGCCUGCACUCCAGACCCCUUCCUGCCUUCCCUCGAUGCCUGCUGGAGCCCCCACUUCCUGGUCCAGCCGCUUGACCAACUCGUCCAGGCCUUACGGGCCGCCCCUGACCCUGACCCUAUGGACAGGGGCCCUGGACCAUGCAGCCCCUCUGCACUCCUGCCUGGGCCAGGCCGGCCCCCACCUCUCUGCACCAAUCCCCCUGAAACUGAGGCGCAACGAGCCUCCUGCCUACAGUGGCUGUCAGAGUGGACACUGGAACCAGACAACUAAGCCCCAUUGGGCUACAGUAGAGGAUGGUGGGCUGGGACCCCAGGGGGCUGGGGGCUAUGCGACAGAGCCCUAGGUCCAUCUGGAAAAAGAUGGUGUCUCUCCUGGUCAAGGUGGAGGAGGACUGAGCCCACCAGGCUGCCAAGGGCAGGCAGGGAAGGGCUGGCAAGUCCAGCAGGGGGCGCCAGGCAGCCAUGUUCUUUGGCAAGGAUGGAGCACUCAAGCUGGGACUGUCGCUGAUGUGGGGCCCGUCCUCCCAGUGUUCCCUGGGGAAACCUAGGGCAUUCCUUCCUAUAGGUGUCCACCUCUGAAGCUUCAUCCCAGGGGCUUCCAUUUUAUAAAUCUGCCCAAACUUACCUGCUAAGAGAGGUAGAACCAGAGUCUGGGCUAGCCUUUGCCCCCUAAUGGGCUCCUCACCCUAGAGAAGCUGGAGAUAGCUGUUCUGCCCUAAUCAUCUGGGCCUCAGCCCCAUACCCGUGGUCCUUGUGCUCCAAAGGCUCUUCUCUGACCCUCUCACCCUGUCUGUCCUCCUGCAGACCCUGACCCUCCCCUGCCUGGCAGGAGUCUGUGUGCUGUGCCCAGACCUACCUCGUGCCUUUGCUUUUGCUGAACUCUGCUCUCGGGCUUCACCCUUCUCCACCUGGAUCCUGAGUCUGGGGUUGGUACUUGGUCUCUGUCAGUACAGGGUUCCAUCAGGAACAGUAGAGGCCUUGGAGUGCACACUUGCCCAUCCAAACCUACUGCUGGUGCCACUUCUGCUUCACAGCCUUGGCAGCCUCAUCCUCAGUUCCUACCAUGUCACCCCUGCCUGGUUCCCACACAGCCACUGCCUGUCGCGCUCUGCUGUGAGGGCCCUACCUUGGGAUCCAUGAGCUGGCUGGUUCCCCUUUACCUGCCUGUGCAGGGCCUUAGGGACU